UACAUACAGUACUUGGUUUUUACACAUCCAACACAACACAACACAAAGACACACCUAACCAAGUUAAUACUGUAGUAUACCAAAAGCAACUAUUCAAGUUUCUCUCUCUCUCUCUCCAUGGACUUUGAUCUGAAACAAUGGAGAAACCAGCAUGAGUCAGAGGAACAACAACAUCAUUCUACAAAGAUGCCAAAACUUCUUCUUCACUCUGAAACUCAUCAACAACAAUCUUCUGUUACUCCUGCUCUCCCUUUCUUUCUAGAAUCCAACAACACCAAAGUCAGCAACUUGUCAGAUUCAACAUUACCUUCCAACACCAACAGAUUCCCCAGAAUGGGAAGCCAUUUUAGCUUGUCUCAGUGGCAAGAACUUGAGUUACAGGCAUUGAUAUUCAGAUACAUGUUAGCUGGUGCUUCUGUUCCUACUGAACUUCUUCAACCUAUCAAGAAAAGCCUUAUCCAUUCACCUCUUCAUUUUCUUCAUCACCCUCUUCAACAUUUUCAACCUACACCUUUGUUGCAAACAGGGUAUUGGGGAAGAGGAGCCAUGGAUCCAGAACCUGGUCGGUGCCGGAGAACCGACGGCAAAAAGUGGCGGUGCUCGAGGGACGUGGUGGCCGGACAAAAGUAUUGUGAACGUCACAUGCAUCGUGGUAGAAACCGUUCAAGAAAGCCUGUGGAACUUCCCACACCAACUAGUAGUGCCAUUGGUGGUGGUGGUGGUGGAUCUUUCUCUGCUUCUUCUUCUAUUUCUUCUCAGCCUCUUACUACUUCAUUCAUGAAAUCUCCUUUUCAUCACCUCCUUCACCUUAAUGAACGUCCCUCUGGGACCAAGAAUGAAGACAAGAGGAUCUUAUUUGAAAGCGAAGAUCAUGUGGGUGGGGAUGGAAGAUCAGGUACCCAAAUGCUAAGACAUUUUUUUGAUGAUUGGCCACGAUCACUCCAAGAAUCUGACAAUGCUGAAAACAAUGUUGGGUCAUCCACAUGCCUCUCAAUUUCAAUGCCAGGAAAUAACAACACUUCUUCUUCAGAUGUGUCAUUGAAAUUGUCCACUGGCUAUGGAGAAGAACCAUGUCCAAGAAAUGAGAAUGUGGGCCUAGAAAAUGAUAACCAACAAUUGCAAUUGAAUUGGGCCGGAGGGUGGAAUUCGACUAAUAAUCAAGUGGCUUCAAUGGGUGGACCACUAGCAGAAGCAUUUAGAUCAUCUACUUCAACUUCUUCUUCACCUACUAGUGUUUUACAUCAAUUGCCUCGUUCUUCCGGUUCUGAGACUAGCUACAUUAGUACCUAAGUUUAGUAGUUGGUACUUUUUAAAUUAAAUUAACUUGUGUUUUCUUUUGGGGGGUUUGUUUCCACUUUUGUAGAAUUGUUGGACCACGUAUCCCAUUUGUAUCAACCUUAUGAAUUUUGUUUGUUGUUGACUUGUUGUUGGGGAAUGGAAGGGAUAUUGUUGGCUUAUGUUUAUUUACA